AUGCCUUCAAAGUGCGUUCCCGAAAUUCCUAUGCGUAGUGUUGAAAACACCGUAACCGACCUCCACAAUGCAUCCUUGAUAUCAAACGACGUUGAGGAUGAUUCGGAUCUGUGCGGUAGACAAAUCGCAACUUAUCUCGUCUUUGAACAUGAACAAACUAUUGAUAGCACCAAGUUUAUGUUAUCUACAAUGGUCUAUCCGAGCAUCGCCGAGUACCUCCAUAUGGCUGCUUGUAGACGUGAUGGUCUUUUUCAUAUGCGGCUGCAGCUUGCUAAGCCAGAGAGCACCAGUGCAAAAGAUGAAGUACUUGGGAUUCCUUGGCUGAGCCCCCGUCCUAAUCAAAAACUUCUUGAACAUGCAAAGGAACAGAUAUUUGAUCUAACCCACGCUUCUGGCGUAAUAGAUGCGACGCGAUCUUAUUUGUGGGCCCUGGAAGAUAGGAUCGACGACGAGAUUAAGAAGUUGGAGAUUGCAUCUGGGGAUUCCAAUCAUAUGCUGCAUCUACUUAUUGAAAGGCUGAGUGGCGAUUGGUCGCUGGAUUUGAAUGCUAUGAGCCAUCUCUGA